AGCAUACUGCCCACGACGUCUCAGCAUUUGCGUCUUCUUCUAGCUGAGAGAACAAAGGAGUCGCAAUGACAACGAAGUUGCUUGUUGGUUUUGUCUUGACGGUCCAAGUGGGGCUGGUUCAGUUGCGGAACUAUGACGUCGACGAGCACAGUAGCGGCGACCCUCUAGGUGUCAAUUCGGCCUGUCCCCACAACUGUGUUCCUCAAAAGGGAGAGAUUGGACGUCCAGGUCCGGACAACACACAGGGAGACGAUGGUGACAUGGGAAAGAGAGGAGAUCCUGGCAGGUAUCCACCAUGGUUUCACUGGCAUACGUUCAGAACAAAGGGUGCCAAAGGAGAACGGGGUACAUCUGGAAGCGACGGUCGACAGGGCAUUAAAGGAACCAAGGGUUCUUCUGGACAGUCAGGAAGCCCGGGUUUGGCUGGCCUGCCUGGACCUGAUGGAGAGAUAGGCAUGAACGGAGAUGUGGGCCCUAAAGGAAUUCGCGGUAUUCUGGGGACAAAAGGAGACAGAGGACAACCUGGAACAAAAGGAUUUAAGGGGGACAUGGGUGGGCAAGGCCCAAAAGGUGAAGAUGGCGAAGACGGAGGCGAUGCUAAUCGCGGACCCACAGGAGAUGCAGGAGUUCCGGGGGAUGAUGGACAACCUGGACCGCAAGGAAGACAAGGCAGUAAAGGCGAACAAGGUGACCCCGGAGAGAUAGGCACCGGCGGAUUUUCAGGGAUAGUGGGCAAUUCAGGACAACCAGGAGAAGAUGGAAAGAGGGGAGAAAGAGGAGAAAAGGGUCCACUAGGAGACAAAGGAGAACCGGGAGAAAAAGGUUCUCACGGUGACCCAAUCAAGUCGGUUGCAAUUGGAACCGAACCUUGCACUGAAGAGAACGAGGGUCGAAUUUAUUAUGAUCCGGGCACCAACGUGGUGUAUUUCUGCGACGGGCAAUCGUGGCAGUGCACGUCAGGAAGACGAUGCGACCUAAAAUGUGUGAAUCCAAAAACCAACAGACCACUAGACGAGGACGAAGUAAUUUUCGACAUACGCACCGAGAGAGCCACUAGAAACCGUCCCGCUGGCGACAUCGUCAUCCUCGUAGACGACUCCCAAACGAUGAGGGACGAACACGAGUGGAUCAACAACGCAACACUCAACCUCGAGCGAGUUCUGAAACUAGGAGGAGUCGGCGUUUCUCCAGACCUUCCCAAUCUGUACUCCAUAGUGUCGUUCGGUGGCGCCGAGACACACGUGGUCAAAGUCAAUGGACAGAGCAUGUACAAAGCCUCGGAUGUCCAGGCGGCGAUUGGCAAACUGACGCUCUCCGGAGACGAAGAAGACGGAUACCACGCCGUUCAAGUGGCCCUGGAAACACUACCACUUCGAAACAAGUUGGACCCGAGUCGCUUUGCAUUGAAUGUCGUCAUGAUUACCGAUGAACCGAGAACAAAAGCACUAAAAACCAAUAAGACAGAAGACGACAUACUCCAGAUGUUGAUUGAUGCCAGAGCUCGCUUCAAUCUUAUAGCAAACAUUAAAUUUCAACGGGGCAGCGGAGCUACAUACGGGGUCGACUAUCGAGGAUAUUUCUACUACGCCAUCGAUAGGGGAAACGAAACUGUUGGCGUUUUCGAUUCGAAUGGUUUCCGAACGGGAAAUGUCGGUGUGGCGCGAGAUAGCGAUCCCGAAAAGCCGUGGUGUACGGCGUACAAGGACUACGGACGAUUGGCUCUGGAUACUCGUGGUGCUAUUUGGGAUCUGCAAGUUUUACGUAAUAGUGCUAACACAAAUGAUCGAAACAGUCUUCUUCAGGGAAUCUCGUUUAACAACGCCGUGGUGAGGGUCAAAGCUCAGGAAGUUCUCGAGACCGCAGUAUGCCGCAGGUGCGUGUGCAAAGACGUGGGAAAGCUCAACACCGCAGAGCUCAAAUGUGAGGCCGUCGAAGACGAAAAUUACUGCAACUGCCGAGCUGGUGGACGAACUGACACCCAAUGUAAGCAACCUCAGCUGCCGAAUUUAACUUCCGAAGCUGACGGGCGGUUGCCUUGGACAGAACUUUACAAAAUCUGCGAUCAGUAACUGUCAUCUGUCUCAAAUGAGGACUCUAGCUAGUGACUUUUGCAUCUUGUCUGUUUCUGUCGCGCGCGUCUGUAGCCGUUGACUGUGUAGUCUAGUAGAAUAUCAUACUUUCUAGUACAUGUCGCAAAGUUACAGUGUCCGCUUUGUUUGUGUGCCAUGUGAUUAACAACAGUUGAUAUUAAUCAAUACAAUUGACGUCAUCAAGACAACAAUAAA